AUAAAAGGCAGCGUCCCACAGCUUGGGAGCAGUAGUUGGAGGCUGGCUGGUGGAGCAGACGCUUGUGUUGUGUCAGGAGGACGGUUGCUUGUUUUUUUUUUUCCCUUCUUCUUCCUCCUCCCUCAUUCUCUCUCCUUACCCUGUGUAGUCCAACAGCAGCCAGCUGGUGGCAGUGCUUGGCAACAGCUGCAUUCCUGAGCAGCAGCAGCCUCUGAGCUGGGACAGCAGGAGUGAUGCCAAUUGUACCAAGAGACUCUACAUGCACAGACAAGUCUGAUUUAGGAAUCUGGAGUGCUGAUUAUUGAAGACCCCAAAAUUAAUUCAACUGGGGGGCAACAAGAGCUGAACAGCUCUGAAAGUGACCAGAUAGACUUUCUACCUACUCUCCCUGUUGGAUUUGGGGUUGCCAUGGCUGAAGUUGGAGUUCAGGAGCCCACCCUGCCUUGCAAAACUUUGACAGGUGAGGGCUCCAUGCUGCCCUGUAAGGAUAGCAGUGAUGAUGGGUGGCAGCAAAGAGCAGAGGAGGAGGAGGAGGAAAAGGAGGAGUGCCUGGAUAGAGAUGCUGCCACUCUUGCUUGUCCAGAAGAGGACUACGACAAAGAGGGUGGCUCUCAGAAGCCAGGGCAGCUGGCCAGAGGCAAACAGGAAGACGACUGGAAACAGGUGGGGAAAAAGAGGCACAGGAGGCGGCCGUCCAAAAAGAAGAGGAAAUGGAAGCCGUACAAUAAGAUGACCUGGGAGGAGAAGAAGCUCUUGGAGGAGCGAGAGUCUCAAAGGGCGUCCAGAAUGAGAGCGGAAAUGUUUGCCAAAGGGCAGCCCGUGGCACCUUACAACACCACACAGUUUUUAAUGGACCUGCAUGACCAAGAGGAACCCGACUUGUGCCCUCCGCAAAAGAGAUUUGCUCUCAAUCUUCCACCUCUAAACGCCAACUCUUCCACCAAAGGCGAUAGCACAGAGGAAGACCUGGAAGAGGAUGAGGAUGGAACAGGCAGUGACGGAAUGGACAGUAAUGAUGGGACUGAGUUUCUACAGAAGGACUUCUCGGAGACCUAUGAGCGGUACCAUGCAGAGAGCUUGCAAGACAUGAGCAAGCAGGAGUUAAUCCGAGAAUACAUGGAGCUGGAAAAGUGCCUCAGUCGCAUGGAAGAAGAGAACAACCGCUUAAGGCUCCAGGUUUUACCCUCGGUUGGUGGGAUAGAGGACUCCAGGAUCCGUGAGCUAGAGAUGGAGUUAGAGAAGCUAAAAGAGGAGAACCAGCGACUUAAAAAGGAGAAGGAGUUAGUAGUGGCAGACCCAAGUGGACAUUGACCUUUGUGCUAUUGCACAUAUCUUUUUGAUCUCCCGAUUAAAUGUUUCAACUUUUUUUUUUUUUUUUCCUUUUCAUUUAACAUAUUCUUGGAGUACCUAGUAUGUCACAAAACAUUAUUCCAAGUUAGAAUUGGGAAGACUCCAGCACAUCUGAUCUAUGCGAACCAUAUUUUAAAGAUGACCUUUUUUUAAGCUCCAAAAGGUUUGCUGGACUUGAUGCUAAUGGACAAAGACAAACUGCAAACCGGGCGAAAUCUGUUCUGUUAAAGACUAUGCAGAUCACAAAAAGAUGUGACUUUCUCCAAACCUUGUGAUCCUGAGACCCAAUUUUGUGGUUUUUGUAUUUAUUUUGAUGAAACUUCUCCAUGUUCUUAAAUAUUUGCAGACUUUCUCUUGCUUCUGAUUCUAACUGGUUUAAUUAUUCUGUAUAUAUAUUUUUUGCAGUCUGGAUUUUUUUAAUAAAUGUUUACAAAUGGGAAAAGUGUGGAACAUUUUUGUGCUUUUAGUUUUUAAAAAAAAUUUUUUUUUACAUUUAAAUAGUCAUAACUAUCUUGCUUAGCAAUGAUCUUUCUUUAAUUGUAAAAAUGUAAUGUAUACUUCCAGUGUGUACAUUUGUAGUUGUGGAAUGUGUCCCUUUGGGCAGUAAAGGGUUCCAGAAUUUAAGGCUAUGCUGUGGCAUUCAAAUACUGUUUAUCCAGCUGUUCGGAACUUAAACUCCCACCAACCUUUGACAGAACAAAAUCACAAUUGUCAACCAAUUCUUCAUGGGCGUUGUAGUUUUCAAACAGCUGUAAUAGCCUGUAUUCAAAUAUCUUUGAAUUCAGGGCUCGUAAAAUCACUAGUGUAGGUCUUACUGGCAAUAGAAAUGCAGAUAGAAGGAAUGAUGCAGCUGUUCUCUAACAUUUUUAAGGAUUGUCUUUAAAAGUCAUUAAAAUUAAAGAAACUGUGUUUAAAUAU